AGUUGUGGCGAUCGGAUCUGUUAGCGUGUAACACCCGGUGCCCGAGAUACGGGAUGGAGUUUUGGUGACUCCGACAAUCAUAAAAACAAAAGACGGAUAAUACGAUUAAUAAUUACUUUUUGCAGAGAAGCACACCGAGGAGAACAACAGACUCGGACAACAUGGCAGAAAGUAUAAUCAUCCGUGUGCAGUCCCCAGAGGGGAUGAAAAAAAUCUUUGCCACAAAACGAGAAACGGCUGCAUCGUUUUUAAAGAAGGUUGCAAAGGAAUUUGGGUUCAGCACCAACGGUUUCUCCAUUUACCUGAACAGAAACAAGACUGGAGAGAUUGUCUCCCAGAGCAAAUCCCUCAGUCUCCUCAAGAUCAAGCAUGGGGACAUGCUGUUUCUGUUCCCUUCGGCUUCCCCUGGACCUUCUGGCGAAGUCAUGGACGUAGCUGUUCCUCACUCGUCAUCAUCUUCAUUGUCAGUGUUGUCACGGCCUCAGACUUCGUCUCAAGUCACAGAAGAUGACAUCGAUCAGUACCUGGCCAAGCAAGACGGCAAGAUUUAUCGGAACCAAGACCCGCAGCUGUGUCGACAUGGUCCAAUGGGGAAGUGUGUGCAUUGCGUGCCCUUGGAGCCCUUCGAUGAGGAUUAUCUUAACCACCUGGACCCCCCUGUCAAGCACAUGUCAUUCCAUGCCUACAUUCGCAAGCUGACAGGAGGUGCUGACAAAGGGAAGUUUGUGGCCUUGGAGAACAUCAGUUGUAAGAUUAAAUCGGGCUGUGAAGGACACCCGCCCUGGCCAGAGGGCAUCUGUACCAAAUGCCAACCCAGCGCCAUCACACUCAACAGACAGAAAUACAGACAUGUGGAUAACAUCAUGUUUGAGAAUCACACAAUCGCAGAUCGCUUCCUGGAUUUCUGGAGGAAGACUGGCAACCAGCGAAUUGGGUUCCUGUACGGGCGCUACACCGAGCACAAAGACAUCCCUCUGGCUAUCCGAGCUGAAGUGGCAGCGAUCUAUGAGCCUCCUCAGAUUGGUACUCAGAACAGCCUGGAGUUGCUGGAAGAUCCGAAAGCUGGAGCUGUGGAGGAAAUUGCAGCCAAAUUGGGCCUUUGCAAGGUGGGGUGGAUAUUUACAGACCUGCUAUCUGAAGACACCAGGAUAGGGACUGUACGCUACACCAGACACAAAGACUCUUACUUCCUGAGCGCAGAGGAGUGUAUCACCGCUGGGGACUUCCAGAACAAGCACCCCAACCCCUGCCGUCUCUCACCUGAUGGAGAUUUUGGCUCCAAAUUCGUUACCGUAGUGGCGACGGGUGGCCCCGAUAACCAGGUGCACUUUGAAGGGUACCAGGUGUCCAAUCAGUGCAUGGCGCUGGUGCGAGAUGAGUGUCUCCUGCCAUGCCGUGAUGCCCCAGAGCUCGGCUACGCCAAGGAGUCCAGCACCGAGCAGUACGUACCGGACGUCUUCUACAAGGACAAAGAUAAGUUUGGCAAUGACAUCACGUACUUGGCACGGCCACUGCCUGUGGAGUACCUGAUCAUAGAUAUCACCACCACAUUCCCUAAAGAUCCAGUUUACACAUUCACAUCUACACACCGCUUCCCCAUUGAGAACCGGGAUGUUCUGGGGGAAACACAGGAUUACCACAGUUUAGCCACAUAUCUGUCCCAGUGCUCCUCCAGCGUGUUCCUCAAUAUUGUUUCUGAUUUCCAUCUCCUGCUCUUCCUGGUCACCAACGAGGUCAUGCCUCUCAGGGACAGUAUUGGGCUCCUGCUGGAUGCGGUGAAGACCUCCAAUGAAGAGCUGGCACAGACCUGGAAGAAAUCCGAGCAGUGGGCAACAAUUGAGCAGCUGUGCAGUACGGUUGGUGGGCAGCCUACAGGGCUCCAUGAUUACGGGGCCAUUGGGGGGCCCUCUGUCCCGGCCUCCUCCUCGUCGAUGUGGUCCUGCCGCCACUGCACCUUCAUGAACCAGCCGGGCACUGAGCACUGCGAGAUGUGCAGCCUGCCCCGCAGUUAAUAAUGCCUGCCCUGCAAGCCGGGGGGUGGGGAAUCGGGAUGAAGACCAACUGUGGCAUGAUUGUGCUGUAGCCAGCUGCAAGAGUCUGUGUCUCCCUGCUGGAAGGCUCUCGCCCUAUGAACUCGCCCCACCCUACCAGAUACCCACCCCAACAGCCACCUCCUCUGCACCCCUGAUCUCACAGGCUGCCUUGGCAAAAGGUGCAGCUGGUGUCACUUCUCUUCUUCAACAUUGAUGUCUCUGUGCAGUUUCAUUGCCAGGCAGCGCAAGGCCUCAAAACAGAACUCUCCUAAAUCUGUCCAUCUUCUAGGAUUGUAGGGGCUCUCCCGCUAAUCAGUUGUGACCUGCGUGGUCUACUUUGGGAAGCGUUUGGCUAAGAAAUCCUUCUUUUGAAAUUUUGACAAAGUACUUUGAUCGAGCUUGUCCCUCAGACCCAAACUGAUUGCUCCAGUGUUGCAGGAAAUCAGACAGACUCUCCCUGCCCUACUUCCCCUAUUUGUGUCUGCAAAGACAGUUUUGAAAAUUGUGUAAAUACACUUAUAAGGAAUGAUGCUGUUAUUUAAUUGCAAACAAAGCAUUUUUCAUGAUUUUUUUAUUAUAGUUAUUUAUGGAAUUGAAACUUUUGUUUUGUUCUGUCUCCUCAGAGCAUUCGAGCCAGGGUGUUCAGGUCCCAGACAGAAUUUUGAGCAACUGUUUUGUUUUAAAUUGUGUUAGCCAACCCUCCCUUUAGAGAUGGGCUGUCCCAUGACUCACAGAUGCCUUGACUAUAACAUAGAUCGUCUUCUUUGCUGGGAACUGGAGGGUAGUUUUGCAUUUGAUUGCUUUGCACAGAACCCAGUAAAUGACACAGGCUGUUUCUUCGUUUUAGUAGAGAAUCCACACCUGCUGCAGAUGUGGUCUUUGCAAUCCUUGAUAACCUUGGUGUGUUGUUGCUGGCAUGAUGAUUCAACAUCUAUUUCACUGUAAAAUAUAAAUCCUUGCAUUUGUAAUCCAAGGUUGGAAUUUUCUUUUUUAAGGCUCAGUACUAUUGUUUUUCACAAUUACAUUGCUAACAGGGAGCAAAAACUAAUUUUUGUGUAAAAUGAGUUUCACCAGGAAGUGGAUAAGCUUUCAUUGUUAACAUUUGGCCUAUGAAGAAAUGAAUGAUAUUCACCAGGUUAUAAAAUUUUCUCCAUGUGCUUUUCAUGCUUACAGCCACUAGAGAAAUUUAGAGGAUUUUUUGUUUAUAUGUUGGAUUUGGACAAAUGUUAUUUUCAUUCCUGAUGUCAUUGCAUCUCAGUUGCUGAUUUGAGAUUGAAACUCUCAUGUAAAAGGAAUUUUUGGUUUGGUUGUUAGUUUUGGAAUGAAGUAUUUUUUUUUCUUUUUGCCAGCUUCUAUCUCCUUUUGUGUCUUGUGAAAUGUGUCUGUCGCUGUUUUUUGUGAACUGCACAUACACUCUCUUAACAUAUUGAAGAGGUCAUACUUGAGUUUUGUCUUAAGGGUUAAACAAAACUGUCUCCUUGCUCCCAUCUGUUGCUGGUCAGACUCUUAAGCAAUGAUUCAGGAGCGAGUGAAAUUUGUAGUCGCUCACCUAGUCCUGCCUAUAUAUAAAAAUGACAGGUUUUCUUUAAAUGUCUAAUACUGACAAAACUGGAUGAUUUGUUCAGUUACCUGCAGUUUGGAAUGGAAGAUUAACAUUUUCAUGGUUGAUUAUUUUUCUAUUUAUCUUCAUAAUGGGAUUGAACUGUGUGCAAGUUCAAAGAAUUGUAGUGGAGUUCCUUCUCCGAAAGGUCAAUGGUGAAAGGUCAUUAAGGGGCAGUCUCUUGAAAGAUUAGUUUGAAGGUGCUUUGAAAACCUGUAUUUGAAUACAAUCCCUUAAACUCACAUGACAGGCAAAAAUACAUCAACACAAAGAGCAUGCAGGCAUGUAUUUCAGAGUUCAGAAUUAGUUCAUCCUUGUUGGAAAUUCUGCCAAAAAAUUUAGUUCUUUAUACACUUAGGAUGAGCAGUUUAUGAUGAUUGUCACAACUCGGUCAAGGUACUUUUUCUUUUCAGUUUUGACCUGUAGUCAUAAGAUUUUGACUUUGUCAUAAACAUAAACAUUGAUUUCAAAUACAGAAAAAACAAGCAAACAAUGAAGUUCGUAUAGGCAUGAUCACAAAAAUAGUUCUACGUGUGUUUGAUGCUGGAUUAGCAUGGACCACUUAGUAAAUCACUUAAUUAACAGGAUUAGCUUUUUAUUAUCACUGAAUACACUACUUCAGUGUUAAUCAAAAAUGCAUUAUUCUUUUACUUGGUAAAAAAACAUUUUUGUGGCUUGGAAAUGGAUUAGAUUAACUGGCUUGCCUACAUUCUUGUAGUUUUAUUUCGGUUCACUUUAGUGCAGUAGUAGGUUUUCUUCACAUGGCUUUCUGGUCUAUAUGAUCCAUAAAUUACAAUUUAAAUUUUGUUCUUCUCAUCUCACUUGGUGAUCAAAGAUAGGAGUGAGUUGAAAAGGUUAAGUGGGGUGCUGAAUUUGUUUAAACUGAGUUUUUAACACCCCUCCCCCCAUAGAAUAAAUCAAUUCACAGGUUUUUAACUCCUAGGCAAAUGUUUAAAAUGGUUCAGCAGCAAACAUUUAAAUUAAAGGGGUUAUACAUUUGUCAGAGAGCUCACUAAUCACCCUGCUGAGAACAGUACUUACACAAAUAUGAAACAGUUGAACAGGUUCCAUCUUCCUUUAUUUACCUAGCUCCAAAAAGUUUCUGUAAUUGAGAAAAGUAUCCGUACAGCGCAUACUUCUGAAGGAUGACAGUGGCCGUGUUAGAAUCUCCUUCAUGAAGCUGACAUGAAUUUGGAAUUGCAGGGUGUUUCUGAAGUGAAUCUGUACCUUUUCAUUCUCCGGCUUUGCAGGUGUACAGUGUAUUGUUGGGUUUGAGGUUUUAAUCACAGCCCUGCCAGUAAAGCACUUAAUAAAAUCAAAAGAACAGUAA